UUGUAAUCUUGAAAACCAAUCCUAAACUGACUCCUGUAUUCCUCUCCAGUAUGUAAUUCAAUCUUCUGUACGCUAUAUAAAGCCACAAGUUUCUGUUAUUUGAAUUACCUUCCUGUUCCUUGGUUGCUUGAUCUGUAAGUUUCGUUGAAAAUAUUGAGCGACUCCUGUUUCUGAUCCCUGUAAUUUAACGAAAAUGUCUUCUGAUAAUGCCCCCCAAGAAAGCCUCUUGCUUUCUCUCAGAAAUCUUUCUCUUUCUGAUCAUGGCUCUUCAACUUCAAGAGCCCUGCCUCAACCAAGUCCCCUGCCACCCUCUAUAGCUCCGUCCUUUUCGCAAAGUAUCUGGGCUGACCACUCUGCCAGCAACACUGAAGGGGCAAAUCUGCAAAAUAUACCUUGUAAUGUGUUCAUGAAUGAGUACGAUGUCAAUCAUCAAGAGGAGACUAUGAGGGUGAAUCUUAAUUCUGGGUCUGAAGUACAUUCUAUGUCUAUCUGGGAAAAUCAAGAAAGCCCUUUUGGGAAAAAUUUGGGUCGUUAUAAUGGUUUGAAUUUGUAUAAUAAUCGCAUCCAGAGUCAAGAUUAUGUCACUAGUCAUCAAGAAAGUCUGAGUAGCGAUGAAGUUAUUGCUAUAAAUUCAAUUCUGGGUUUGGAAGAUUCUGAUAUCAUUCUUCUGAGUAAUGAUCAAUGUGGCUCUAAGUAUCUUCAGAAACUACUGUGUUGGAAGGAUUCCAGGAUUAUAAACAAGAUGUUGGGGGUGGUUUACAGGUUCCCUUUUUACCUGAUGACUCACUGCCAUGGACACCAUCAGUUUGUGAAGCUGAUUGAAUCAUGUGAUGAGGAGCAGCUGGGACUGAUUACCAUGAAGAUAACAGCACAAGAUGAGUUGUUUUUCAAAGCUUCAAUCAGUAAAUUUGGUUCACUUUGCAUCAAGAGGCUGAUCAAAGUUCUGGUGGGAUCACCCUUCAUUUCACUUGUGAUUUCUGUUUUACAUCGGAAAUUUAAAGACAUAAUGAUUAAUGGAAAAGGACCUUCUGUUAUAAUUCAUUGUUUAGAGACUCUCAGUGAUCAGCAAAAUGAGUUACUAUAUGUUGCAGCCAUGAAUCACUUUCGAGAUCUAGCCACCAAUGUUGUCGGAUGCAUUUCCUUGAACAAUUUCAUAGAUGACAUGAGAGGUCUACACCGAGCACAGCUUCUAGACUUAAUAUCUUGCCAUGCAGCAUUCCUCUCCAAGGACCCUUCAGGGAAUUUUGUUGUCCAGCAUGUCUUAGAACUCAGUAAUCCGAUGUUGACCCAAAAGAUAUGCUCCAUGCUCAGUGGCAAGUAUGUGGAACUCUCACUGUUAAGAUAUGGCAGUCAUGUAGUAGAGAAAUGCUUGAAAUCUCCAGGAAUGGCACAUUAUGCAGUUGAAGAUUUUCUGAAGAGCAGUAGCCAGCUUUUUCACCUAGCCAGGCAUAAAUAUGGAAACUAUGUGAUCCAAACAGCCCUUAAAGUCACAAAGACUGAAAAUAUUUCCCUCCAUAGGAGACUUCUUAAUGAGCUCCAAGAUCAUCAUGAUUUGCAGUUCGGAUUCGGAAAGAAACUGUACAACUUGAUUGCUGCUGGAGUACCAGUUGAUGGUGACAUUGUGUGAUGUACAAUCUGGGAGCAAGCCAAUCUGUUGCCUGAACUUGUUUAUACUAAAAAUCAUGAACAUAGUAUGUGUUGCCAUGCCACCAUAAUAGGGAUCUGUUAUUUGUUUCUGUAGUUCUAUAAUGACAUGUAUUGGGAAGGCAGUAAUUUACCUACUAAGGUUGCAAUUAAGUCAGCAAUCUUCAUUGUUCGGAAUGGUAUUUUGUAGCCAUGUUGAGUCUUUCUUUCUGUUAGAAAAAGUGAAAGUUAUCUUAUCUUCCUUCUGGGUUGAACCUUUUGAGUGGUUGAUAAUAAAAUUGAAUAGUUUAGUUGUGAAUUA